AGUCCACAUUGUUUUUUGCACUGUCUGGCAGGAAGUAUACAUAGGGGGAACCACCACCCCCUAAAAACAUUCCUCUGAUGUAAUGGCCUGAAUAUAGUCAGCUAGUGACUACAUUUGGGUCAUUCCCUGAAUUUAUACUUGGAAACCCAGUGAAACUACACAAAUGGAGACCAAAAUUACACUCUUUUGGCCUUCGUUGGGUAAUGGGGGGGUCUAUGAAUCUGUUUGUAAUGUGCAUCUAAAUUUUCCCAACAUAUCACAGCAGACAUACACAACCGUCGCAGCAUAAUAAAAAUAAUUUGUUUUAUUUGAUUCUGGCAGACCUGGUACAGGCUUAAGCCAAGAUGUCUUGUGACGUUGGCGAAGACUUCAUAUUCUUGUGCAGUGCUCCGGAUGCAUGGGGCAUUGUAGUGGAAACAUUAGCAGCAGCUGGGAUUCUCUUUACUUUUGCCCUCAUGCUGUCACUUCUUAUUUUAGUCCGACGCAUUUGUGACAAUUGCAAAAGGGACUUGGUCCCCAUUCAGUUCACCUUCCUCAUUGCCACACUUGGAAUCUUUGGUCUUACCUUUGCCUUUAUCGUCAGACUAAAUAUACAAACAUGCCCAACGCGUUUCUUCCUAUUUGGAGUCCUGUUCGCUAUCUGUUUCUCUUGUCUUUUGGUUCAUGCCAGUAAAUUAGUGAGACUGGUCCGAGGCGGAUCGGGUAUGUCAUGGUGGGCGAUGAUUAUCAUGCUUGUUGCCCUAUCAUUAGUGCAGAUUAUAAUAGCCAUUCUUUAUGUAGCAAUCUAUCUGGGAAGAAACAUGAACCAAUGCGAUCGCAACUUAGCAGAUCUUCCCCAGCGUAACAUUGACUUUGUGCUCAUACUUGUAUAUGUUAUGGCAUUGAUGGCCGUCACCUUACUGGUUUCAAUGGCUGCUAUGUGUGGACCUUGUAAACACUGGAAACCACACGGUGCCCAUAUUUAUAUAACAAUGUUUUUUUCAAUUGCCAUUUGGGUAACUUGGAUUGUUAUGCUACUCAGAGGAAACAUAUCUUUGGGUACUGCACCUCAGUGGGAUGACCCUGUCAGAGCCAUAGCUUUAGUAGCCAAUGGUUGGGUGUUCCUCCUUAUGUACAUGGUUCCAGAGCUUUGUUUGAUGACAAGACACACUCCAAGUUGCUGCAAACAAAUCCAGGGCCAGUCACAACCGCACCUUAUCCGACAAAGCGUGGGAAUAGAGAAUCGAGUGUUCACUCAAGAAGAUAUAUCUCAAGUCCAAGAUUCUGGAAGGUGCUCACCAAGUUCUACUUCACAGUAUGAUGCGACACUAGCACUGAGAGAUAUGGAACCUGCAAAGGAGUUCUCUAUACCUCGCCCUCAACCUCGGCCCGAUGUAUACCUGCAGUAUCGAACCCAUGACUUGACUGAAAUGUAAACCUAUGUUGCACUGGACUUUCCCCAUCGUCUGCACUCCCUUGGUUGUCAUUGAAGUCCAGGAUGUAGAAUCCUCAGCCUAAAAAGAAAUAACCGGGAGAAUAUAGGAAAGCACUGUACAAAAACCAGACAUACUCCAUGGACAAUAGUGGUGCUUUAACUCUGAAGCUUUAUUUUUUUAAGGGCUUCUGUGGCCUUUUAUUUUUUUUUUUUAUAUAUAUAUUUUUUAAAUCCAGCUCAGUAUGCUGUAGAAUAAUAGUCAUGCUUACCUGGCCGAUUCCCUGCCAUUUCUAUUCCAACGCCUUCUGGAUCCUGCAGGUCUCUGUACUUUCUGUUUCCUCCCUAAAUGGACAUGUGGGGGAGAUUUAUCAAAAUCUGUGCAGAGGAAAAGGUGACCAGUUGCCCAUAGCAACCAAUCAGAUCGCUUCUUUCAUUUCUAAGAGGCCUUUUCAAAAAUGAAGGAAGCGAUCUGAUUGGUUGCUAUGGGCAACUCAGCAACUUUUCCUCUCCAUAGGUUUUGAUAAAUCUUCCCCGUGACCCCUAAAGUCAGUCAUUUAAAAUUUAAAAUUUUUAAAUGGCCGACAAACCCUUUUGAAUCUGACAUAAAUUCGUGCUCAGUGUCACAGUGCCCUCCAGUGUUCAUAAAAAAAAUAAAUUGGAACUUUAACAAAAAACUAAAAAAAAAAUGUAAUCUCAGUGUUUCAAAGUUUUUAGCCAAACCUCCAUACAUCUAACUAUACAAAGUAAGUGCCAAAGGUAGAAAAGAUGAGGUUAUUGGUGGUUUAAUAUUAUCUAUAAAAAGUAUUUUCCAGUAGAUUCCUCAGUAGUAUUUAUUUAUUGUUUUUUGUUUUUUUAUAUGAAUGAUGUUACUUAAUUCAAAAUGUAACCAUAAAAAACAAGUCUGGAGUAUUAGUGGUUCAUAUGUGGGAUAUUGUUCUGACAUAAUUUGGUUGCAUGGAUUUAGAUGUAGAUUUGCCUUAGACUUGCCUGAGACUCAAAUCCACAUCAAAUCCUCCAAUACCACAGAAAUUUACAACAAAAAUUUUACCUUAAAGGGGUACUCUGGUGGUUAAGAUUUUUGGCUAUAUUGCAUCUUCCUUUAAUGUUUUUUGCAGUUGACAUGUAUUAU